AAAAGUUUAUUUAUGAUCUUUGAAAUCUUCUAGGGUCUAUUCUUGUAAUAAUACACGAUGGAAAAUAAAUGGUAUAGUAUUGCGUAGUUUUCAGAUGCAACAACAAAUGUGCAAGUCAAUGUUUUGCUAUAGCAAAUGCAGAUCAUUGAUACAAGGCAAUGAAGGUAAUCCGCUUUAUGUAAAUCUCACAGUGAGAUUCAUUCACGAAGGAUUUCAGUUUGAUCGAAUAUCAACAUAUAAACCAAUCAAUAAUCUGCCCACAAACCAGUUAGAUGAUGUGAGUAGAAUCUCAAUCAAAACAUUACCUUUUCCCAAUGAUGUUUCAAAAAAGUUAUUUCGGUUGUUAAAAGUGGCUGCUAAGAAAAGAGAUAUAGACGCAUGCGGAUCAUAUAUUAGUAAAAGGUUAGCUUCAAGGAGAUGCGUUGAAGUUCCGCGAGUACUCCCUUCACUUCUUUUAGAUACGGAUAUUCCAGAUAAUGAAUAUGUCGAUGCAUUAAAAAAACUAACAAAUAAUCCCGCGUUUGCUCAUUUGAAGGAAUUGUUACAGCAGAACAAACUUGGCUCAAACGAACAGGCACAAAUUGAACUUGCCGAAGCCGAAGAUGCGCGGCAUAAAAACUCAACCAUACACUUUUCACCAAAUAUCGCAAUAGCCCACACAGCUCACACUUUCUUUGGGUAUUACGCUGUAUGCCUACGCAUUUUUAAUGAAAUUAAAAAGCGAGCUCCAAAUUUCAAACCGUCGCGGAUUAUGUUCUACCAUUCAGGAGCAGGUGCUUCCGUUGCAGCAGCACAUUCUAUUUGGGAUCUUGCUUCGUUUGAUGAUGUCCUCAUAGUAGAACCGUCAAAAAAUCUUCUUAACAUAUCUGAAUAUUUACUGCCAGAAUUCAAAAACUUGCGCAAUCAGCAUGAUGUAUAUGAUAAUACCGAGUUAUUUGAUUGCAUAGUAGUGCCAUACCAUUUGACAAAUAUUAGGGGAUCAGAGGCUAGAUCACUUCUAAUUAGAAAUCUAUGGAACAAAAUUAGCAUUGGUGGCUACAUGGUCCUUGUAGAGGUUGGAACGCCCACUGGCUUUAGGAUUUUACAUGCUAUAAGAGAGUUAUUCAUAUCGCAGUUAAAUAAAGGUUGUUUUCAUUUUUUGGCGCCUUGUCCUCAUGAAGGAAUAUGUCCACUAGCACUGACCGGAAAGGAUUGGUGUCAUUUCUCUCAAAGAAUUUACCGAACACCUCACUAUUUGUAUAGAAAGGGUUCAAUCUCUCGAUCUAUUGACAACGAAAAGUUCUCUUACCUAGUUAUUGGGAAAUCGUCCGGACCAAGAUAUGAGUUGCAAAAUGAAUCAAAAGCCAAAUAUGCUCAUGAAAAAUCAUACUUCUGGCCAAGAAUAAUUAUGCAACCGUUAAAGUUGGGAAGAAGAGUUAUAAUGGAUAUAUGCGCUAAUCCAAACAAUUUUGAACGCAUUAUUGUACCCAAGAACAGCCCAGAGAGCAGUGGGUAUAGAUACGCAAGAGAUGCCAUUUGGGGAGAUCUCUGGAGGUUUCCAUACAGAGUUCAACAGCCAGUAGCCAGAGCGUAUACACCGGAGAGUAUCAAGAGGCGUAUCAUCAAUAGAGAGGAACAACGGGUGAUGAUAAAUGAAACAAAGUGCAAAAGUGAUCCACAAAUAGAGGGAAAGAUUGAAAAAGACAUUGUUAGACACUAUGGUGGCUAAUUUUUAAAUAUGUU